AUGGCGACGCGUGAGGGUAUCAAUCCUUUACGGCCAUAUUAUAUCCCACAGUCGGGCUUGUCCCCCACUGCCUCAAAUGUCACCACCGAGGUGACGUCGUCCUCGUCUGCCCAGGUGUUUGGAAACACCGCGCGCGACCUGAUUCCGGAUAUCGACUACUCGGACUAUCUGGACUCUUCUCCAUCGGUUUCGGACUGGGUCCGGGAUGCGUUGAACCGAGCUCUUGUUCGGUAUACGAAAGUCCUGACCGCGCAACCCUUUGAUGUCGCCAAAACCAUCCUUCAGGUGUAUGUGGUUCCAGAUUCCACGGAGCCAUCAGAGCAACGGAAGACUCCCUCAGGCGCAGAAGAAAACACAUACGAAUCGGAUAAUGAAUCCUCUGGCGAUGAGAGUAUCUACUUCACAUCGGCCACGCCGGCUACGCCGUCCUCAAGCACACCACGAUCUCGAAGGAAUCGACACCACCACAUCACAGACCGCAGUGGAUAUGUUCGACCGGAUUCGGCAGCAGGGCUACCCAAGUAUGCGCUGAGCCUUCGUAAUCCAAAUUCGUUGAUGGAUGUCUUGUCGCAAUUAUGGUCCACCAGUGGACCCAGCUCCCCCUGGAAAGCGUCCAACGCCACCUUCAUCUACUCACUGCUGCUUCCGACGCUCAAUACCUUUAUUCGCAGUCUUCUUUCAGCCAUCGUGGGCUUUCCAGAAGAGGACAUCUCAUCCUCCAUGGCCGCCGAUAUCCUGACGGCACCCUCUCCCCUCGCCACUCUCAUUCUUUCCUUCAUCUCCACUUCACUCUCUGCAAUCCUGCUCUCUCCGAUCGACACAGCGCGCACGUUCCUUAUGCUCACGCCUGCCACACAUGGCCCGCGCUCCUUGAUUCACGCCAUUCGUCAGCUUCCCACUCCCAACUGUACCAUCCCAUCUCACUUGGUCCCCAUCACAAUUCUGCACUCAAGUUUGCCCAGCUUCAUCACAACCUCGGCCCCGCUUUUCCUCAAGUCCUACCUGUCAAUCGACCCUCUCCUCAAUCCUUCCAUGUGGAACCUCUUCAGCUUCCUCACGUCUGGUCUCGAGCUCGCCGUACGGUUCCCGCUCGAGACUGUCUUGCGCCGUGCCCAGAUUGCGAGCUACACCUCUCUCAGCUUGCGCCAGAAAUCCUCUGCGGGCAGCGUGCAUGCCGCCUCCAUUGAUGCCUCAGACGUCGAGACCAUUGUCCCUACCCCGCGCACCUACCGCGGAGUCUUGGGCACCAUGUGGCACAUUGUGCAAGAGGAAGGUGUCACCUCCACAAUAUCCGAUGCUGAGCGUGCUCGUCUCGCUGUCGGCCGGGGCAGUACACAGCAACAGACAGCCAAGCGUCGACAGGGGCAAGGCAUUAAGGGUUUGUAUCGCGGCUGGCGUGUCGGGAUGUGGGGCAUUGCUGGUUUCUGGGGAGCCAGUAUCCUUGGUGGGUUUGCUGCUGGUAGCGAGGAAGAGGCUACAAUGCUUGGAGGCUCGAGCCAGACCAGCGGUGGGCGAUUCUAA